AUGGAUAGUUAUAACAACAGCAUAACCACGAAUGGUAGUUCAGGAUUUGAUGAGACAUUAUUUUCGGACACUAUUGAACAUUACAUGGUUCAUGACGAUGGUUUGAACAACAACAAUGUGUUUGUGUCGAACGAGGAAUGGUUCUCAGGGGAAGGUGAUAAAGCAGAAGAGCUAGUUGGAAGAGGGACGAGGUACAAAGGAGUGAGGCGUAGGGCACAUGGAAAAUUUGCUGCAGAGAUAAAAGAUCCGAACAGAAGUAAUAGGGUUUGGCUUGGUACUUAUGACACUGAAGAAGAAGCUGCUUUGGCUUAUGACAAUGCAGCUUUCAAGAUCAGAGGCUCUAAAGCCAAGCUCAAUUUUCCUCACCUCAUUCCACCGUUGGAUGCACCCAUCGAUCACCCUCCUCCUUCUUCUUCUUCUUCUUCAUCAUCCUCAUCUCAGGAUCCUUCCAAGAAAAGGAAGGGACUAGCUGGUUUGCUCAAUAAAUUAGCACAUGAAAAAAACAGAAUUUGA